CCAAAUCUCCGAGCAACAUGCCACCUCCACCAUCUUCAACUCCUCCGACUAUGCCUCCACAACAAUAUGCUCCACCACCACAAUCUAGUCCUCCUACCACACCUCCAACAAACUACUCACCUCCAUCACAGUCUAGCCCACCUGCUACACCUCUGAGCAGCAAGCCAUCUCCACCUUCUUUAAGUCCCACGGCUACACCUCCAUCAAGUCCACCUCCAUUAUCUCCAAGUGCUCCUACCACACCUCCAGCAAAUGAACCAUAUAACCAGCCACCUCCACCAUCCUCUAGUACUCCUGCCAUACCACCACAAUCUACACCUCCGCCAUCUUCAAGUCCACCUACCAUGCCUCCAACCUAUGCCCAGCCACCUCCAACAACAUCUAGUCCCCCUACCACACCUCCACAACAAUCUAGUCCACCACCACAAUCAAGUCCUCCUCCUACACCUCCAAAUGACCAAACUCACAACCAGGCACCACCAUCAUACAAUGUCCCAGAUUGGAACAAAGGGUGGCAACAAAUCAACAAUGUCCGGGAUGCCAUGUACUGGCAAAUUGGGAAAUCUAUUGUGCAGCAAUUGAUACAGAAUAACCAGUACUUUACUCUCAUUGAUGUGCUUUGGGCAAGCACGAUGCCUGCUGGAAUUGGAAACAACUACUUCCUAGUGUUGAAACUGGCAGAUGAAUACAAGAAAGCCGGCAGGUACCAUGCAUUUGUGUGGGGUGUGCCCCAGCAGCCAGAGUUCCCAUGGAAAAUAUUGUCUUUCCAGUAUGUGGGGAACUAAGUUAUGAUGUGUUGCAUCCAUAAUUGCGGCACUACAAUUGUUGGAGAGCAUAUUAUACGACUUGUGUUGGUCUCCAUGUUGUAGUUUUCUUCGAUGUUAUCUUGUUGUUGUAGCAAAG